CCAUUCCACACUCACUCUUUGGCAGCUUAUGCAACUCAUUUCUUAGAAAAAGUGUCCGUGGGAUCAGAUAGCCCGAGUCCAAAAUAUCGUACCCCCGUUUUCAUGAGCCCAGAACUAGUUGGCUGGCCUCAGAUUUAUUGUACCUUGUCGUUUUGGAGGAAGAUCGUAUGCAUGUGGUCAGUAGCGAGGAGCCUGCGACCCAACCUCCCUCUCAUGUUACGCCCUAUAUAUAACAUCCAUUCCUCCAGCACCUCCGUUCAACCCCCCCUCCCUCGUUCCCUCGCUCCAACACCACUUCUCCAGAAGCACUGUAUCCACUCGGGCCCAGACGGCUCUGUCUUUCCCUCUCCCUUUCUUUCUCUCUCUCUCCCAUCUGUCACCCGAGCUUCCUCUCGCAGGCUGUGUGUGUUUACCCUCUUUUUCGGCCUGGCAACGGGGCUGCAUGCUCAGGAUUACCGGAGGCCUUGCCUUUCAUCGCUGCCCGCUCCCUCUUCCUUUUGCCGUUGACUCCUGGACUACGGUGGCCACGGGUGCGAGGCUGUGUGUUUUUGGGGCUUUUCGGAGUUAAGUGGAAGUGUCGACACUAAGAGAACAUGGAUCACUCUCUGUUCGGAUGCCUUCGGAGCCCACACGCCCCGUCCCAAGCCCUGCACCCGGCGUUCACCCAGUCCUCCCUGGCCCUGCACGGUCGCUCCGACCACGUCUCCUACCCUGACCUUCCAGGACCCUCGCCGCCCUGCAGCUACGCGGGGGAGGAGGGCAGCUUCGGAGGACCUCAUCACAGAGUUCACCACACUCCGCAGCAUCCACACCACUCGCAGCAUCAGUCCUGGCACGUGCCGCAAAUGCCGUCGAUCGACGGCGAGCGCCACAACCUCUGCCUGCCGCACCCUGACUCUGCUGCUCCAGAACUGUGUGGUGCAGGAGGAGCGGGUUCACAGGGCCUGUGCGCGGGUAACCCAACGCUCGCUGGUAGUGACCACUCCGGGGUGUCAUGUGUGCCUGGAGAAUACGGGAGACAGAACAUGUCACCUGUUGAGCCGGAGCGACGGAAUAGCAAAGGAAAGAGUGACAGUUCAGAUUCCCAGGAUGGGAGCUAUAAGUCAGACGUGAGCAGUAAACCUAGGAAGGAGCGCACAGCGUUCACCAAGGAACAGAUUCGAGAACUGGAAUCAGAAUUCGCUCACCACAACUAUCUGACACGGCUUAGACGUUACGAAAUCGCUGUCAACCUUGACCUCACAGAGAGACAAGUAAAGGUGUGGUUCCAGAACAGAAGGAUGAAAUGGAAGCGGGUGAAGGGAGGUCAGCAAGGGGCCGCUGCGCGUGAGAAAGAACUGGUGAACGUAAAGAAAGGAACUCUCUUGCCCUCCGAGUUUUCCCCAAUGGUCGGACUACACCAUCCCAUCGGUUCUCCUAGCAAUGAGGACGACAGUCACGACAGUGACCAGAGCUCCGAGCACGCACAUUUAUGAUGCCCGGACUCCACCCAGUCACAACCUGGCAAUUUCCUCAGGAAUCAACUAUGUUGGUACUCCGAAGGCUGUUAAUAACUAGUACUGGGCCAUGCUUUGUUAUUUCAUUCUGAGCGGUUAGGGUUUGUUCUUGGUCUGUGAAACAGAUGCUCACAGGGUUGCAAACCAGAGCUCAGCCCCCAAUGGCACCAAACUUUGAAGAUUAGUCUAAAUAAACGUCUAAGGGGUUUAAAGGUGGCCACACUUUUCAAGAGACUAUGCGUUCAUCCACGUUUGACUCUUAAGAUUGACAUUGUAAAUAAAUGUAUAAGUUUGAAUGUUGUAAACAUUCCACAAGAGUGCCUUGGAGAGGAUUUUUGCACUGUUUUAAGUUUUGGCCUAACUGAUUGCUACUGUAUUUUAACAGAUUUUGAUAAAAAAUAUCAUUGAUUGCAAAAUAGAUCUACAUAAUCUGUGACAGCACAGAAUAAGUAUUAUCUUAGUCCAUUUGUAACAAAAGAUGCCAUUAAUGACAAAUUGCGGACUAUUUGUUGAUUAAUUGAUGAAUUAGAAUGAAACACAGAGUCGUUUUUAGACUGACAAAUCUCCAUGUUUUUUUUCCCUCACAAUAUGGGUACUUUUGGGUAAUCAAAUGGAUUGAAAAUGACAUAUGCUGCAAAUUGAUAAACAUUUAAUUUAGAAGGAUAAUUAAAGGAUCAUUUUCACUUGCCUUUCCUAAGGCUUGUGUACUUAAGGACUGCAAAUAAUUUUCCAUGAUCACUAAAAAGAGUCAUUACAAAAAAUACACUAGGCUACAGUUCAAAAGUUUGGGUUGGUAAGAUUUUUUAAAUGUUUUUGAAAGAAGUCUCUUAAGGCCUGUUCACACCAAGAAAGAUAACUAUAAAGAUAACGAUAAAGAUAUAGUUCUAAAUAUAAAAGAAUAUCAGAGUUUACACCACAGCUAUAACGAUAACGAUAUAGACAAACGUUGUCGUUGGGAUCGCUUUCAGAAUGAUUUUUUUUCCAGUUGUUGAACGAUGAAACACUGACAGCCAAUCAGAAUCCAUUCUAAUUUAAGGGCUCGCGCAUUUAAAAUGGCAGACGACAUUGCGGAAAAGUUAAUCGCCGAGGUCCAGAAAAAGUCACCACUUUUUGACAAGUCAAAUGCCCCUUUCAAGGAUACUUUAAAGAAAACGGAUAUAUGGAGAACAAUUGGUCAUACCCUCGGAAUAAAUGGUGAGAAGUAAUGAGAUCAUCAUGCUAGGCUAGCAAACAGUGUAACAUAAAAAUUACCUCAGAUAUCCAGCGCUAGUUUCGACAACAUUGUCUAGCUUCCUUUGAAGCUGCAGUGAAAAAGACUAGGCGUUGUUUUUAUUCCACUAUUGACUUCGUCAGCUAAAUUCACUGUUAGAUUACAUCGAUUGUUCUAGCUAUUCACUCGCAACACAGCAUACUGAGGACAUCUGCUGGUUAAAGCCGUGUAAAUGCAACAAGAACAACAAAAACAUGGUGUACACACUUUGAAACUUAGAACAAACAGACCGCUAUCGUUCGUUGGUGUAGACGUAAAUAUAGUUAUCGUUAUAGUUAUCUAUAUAAUUAUCGUUCAUGGUGGGAACGGGCCUUUAUGCUCACCAAGACUGCAUUUAUUUGAUAAAAAAAUACAGUAAUAUUGUGAAAUAUUAUUACAAUUCAAAAUAACUGUUUUCUAUAUUUUAAAAUGUAAUUUAUUCCUGUGAUGGCAAAGCUGUAUUUUUUCAGCAGCCAUUACUCCAGUCUUCAGUGUCAAGAAGCAUGUGCUGCUUAAUAUUUUUGUGGAAACCGAUAGACCCUUUUUUCUUCAGGAUUCUUGGAAUAGAAAGUUCAAAAGAACAGCAUUUAUUUGAAAUAGAAAUCUUUUGUAACAUUAUAAAAGUCUUUACUGUCAUUUUUGUGAUCAAUUUAAUAAAUCACUGCAUUUCUUUCAAAAAAAAAA